GUUUAUUUGGUUUUUAUUGUUUAUGUCAUGCGAGGAAUGAUAUUUUUCUUCAAUGCUUAUGGUUUUACUUUUAUCUUAGUCCUUUACGUUGAUUGACAUCGGGUCGGUAGUUUAAAAAUAAUUGUAUUUCUCGUGUAGCCACUGUCACCAAAAAAUGCAAAUAUUGACUUGGAUUUAACCAAAUGACAAAGGAUGAAUGUUCGCAGCUAAUGGCGGGGACAGACGGAAUACCUCGGCUGUUGUCUGUGGAAGAAAAGUGGCAAAUUAUAUUCAACGAGAAAACACGAGCGCCGAUUUAUGCUUUAACGCACUACCUGCAGUAUUUGAACCAGUUUGUCAGUGGCCAUACUGAUACGUCACGUGAUGGAAAUGACGUCAUCAAGAAAGAUGGCAUCAGUCCGCUAUCGUACUUGCUCCGCAAGCUGAAACUUGACCUUAAAAUGUCAUACGACAGCUUCAUCGAGGAAUUCUUGAAGCCGAAAAACAACGGCAUGAAUUUGCUUGUGAAGCUCCUUAAAUCCAUACAGAACACUGGUUCCCGGCAGUUUGGCUCAGCCAGCAUGACUCAGCUGAAAAACUACAAGAAAACUCUUACUGACGAACACGAUUGUUUGCUGUGCAUCAAAUAUUCGUUAAGAUUAAAGGGUGCCCUCUCGACGCUUCUAGACGACCGCUAUGGGCUGGAGGCGGUAUGCACGAGCCUCGUUAGCACAUUCACCAAGUCCAGGGGCACAGCGGUCGAGAUCCUUACAAUAGCAAUGGCGGCCACGGACGGGUUCGCACGAGUCUUGGACUGCUUCACUUAUCUGCAGCUGAAGAUUGGGGAACCCGUUAGAUUCAAAUCACUUGUGAACAUGAUGAACAUGGACAGUCCUCAGAAUAUCAUUUUCAAGGUCUCGAGCAUGAAAUUCGUGAACACCUUACUGGACGCUUCCUCGAACACAAACGUGCGGGUAUUCCUGCAGCACGAGCUGGAGCAGGCUGGCCUCGAUGUGACCUUCAUGGCGGAAAAACUGACCGGAAAUGGACUAGAGUAUGACGAUCUGCACCACGAGCUAGCGAAUUGGCAACGGAAGUACGUUAAUGUGGAUCACGUGAUGCAGAAGAGGGCAACGGUCCUUCAAACGCAAGAAGAAAUGCACAACAGUCAAAAACUGAUUGCUGAUCUCCAACAUCAAGUGCAGAAAUUGUGCACAGAAAAGGAAAACCUUGCACGCACGCUUAAAUUGGUUAGCAUUGAACUGAAGCAGAAGCAUGCCGAUUUGAGACGGAGGUAUGAUGACGGAUGUGAUGCAUUUACCCAGUGCUCGUCACGUGAUGUUCAAGAUGUGGCUCUUCAGUGUGACCUUAGGGCUCGAACUGUCGACAAGGAUACACCAUUGCGAACAGCGGCUGAAUAUUUCAGAUGGAAUACAACCAUUACUGGAGAGAAAACCAAUGGUGCCAUAUUUUAUCCACCAACACGAAAACCUGAAGGUGACAACGCCGACGAUGACAGAGACGAAAAUCAACCGGAAGUCGUCGACGAAGAGGGCGCGGUCAAAGUCUCUCAAUGGCUGAAGACUCAUUGCAGUUCCUCCACGAAAUCAGAUGACAGGUUUUGUGACUGCGACGCAGAAGGCGCGAGUAACGACGCGUCGUCUGCGUUUGGUUUCAAACGAAAUAGUCUGACAAGAAGACGUGCGCGAAAAACCGAAUUUCCAGGGAAUUGGAAACUGAUUCCGAAGUCUAUCGAACGAUUCCCCUCGCGUUUUCCGACCCAGUGUUGUCACGUUACUAAAUGUGACCGGUGUGAUAUCAGAGACGGCCCCGAUAAUUCUGGUCAACGCAAACCAAAUUUGAAUAAAGCGGAACAAGUUCAUUUUGGUGUGAGACUUAUUUCAAAUAAAGAUUCCAGUAAACGACUGGAAACUCACUCUCAAAGUUCCGACAGUGCGAUUGGUGGUUCCGGCGACCGUCUGUGGAAUGAACGGCGUUUGCCUGUACUUCCGGUUGCAGCGAGCGACGAGGAUGUUCUUCAGGAUCUCGUUCAACCGGACGACUCUGCGAGCGGAUGCACGACGAUUAACGAACCACUUCCGGACUAUUCUUUCAGGACCGGAAGUCAAGCGGACCACAACAGCUUCAUCGCGGAGCUUUCAAGCGUUCUGCGCGAAUUUGAAGGACACCUAUUGAUGUAUGAGACGCCCGUGUCGGGUUUGAAAAACAAUUCCGGCCACAAAUCCACUCCAAUCGAAACGUACGUUAGUUUGGGAAACAUUUGACGCAAGUUUGUGGGCUCUGUGUUAAAAGGUUGCAGAAUAUAAGCGUGAACAAAUGUAUUGAAAAAGUAAAAAGUUAAAUGCACACAAAUAUGAAAAAAAGUUUUUGCGCUUAUUGUGAAACUAAUAAUAUGUAUACCUAGUUAAAAUCAUAUUUUACUGCAAAUAAAUUUUAAUAUGGAAUUCAGUCCUACAUGAAAUUCAAAGUUAUUUUUUUAAGUCACACAAGAAGUAUUCAAUUGGUUUUAUUUGUUGCUGUGUAGAAUAUAGUGAAAUGUUUAUAUCUAAUGAACAAAACAACUGUUGAAUACAUUUUAAGGAAUGUACACAACUUCACAUUUAUUAAUUAAAUAUAUUUACUCGUU